GCCCCGAUGGACUGAAUGAAGGCUGCCUACACCGCCUAUCGAUGCCUCACCAAAGACCUAGAAGGCUGCGCCAUGAACCCGGAGCUGACAAUGGAAAGUCUGGGCACUUUGCACGGGCCGGCCGGCGGCGGCAGCGGUGGGGGCGGCGGCGGGGGCGGCGGGGGCGGCGGCGGGGGCCCGGGCCAUGAGCAGGAGCUGCUGGCCAGCACCAGCCCUCACCACGCGGGCCGCGGCGCCGCUGGCUCGCUGCGGGGCCCGCCGCCGCCGCCGCCGCCGCCGCCGCCGCCAACGGCGCACCAGGAGCUGGGCACGGCGGCAGCGGCGGCAGCAGCGGCGUCGCGCUCGGCCAUGGUCACUAGCAUGGCCUCGAUCCUGGACGGCGGCGACUACCGGCCCGAGCUCUCCAUCCCGCUCCAUCAUGCCAUGAGCAUGUCCUGCGACUCGUCCCCGCCCGGCAUGGGCAUGAGCAACACCUACACCACGCUGACGCCUCUCCAGCCGCUGCCGCCCAUCUCCACCGUGUCGGACAAGUUCCACCACCCGCACCCUCACCACCACCACCACCACCACCACCACCACCAGCGCCUGUCGGGCAACGUCAGCGGCAGCUUCACCCUCAUGCGCGACGAGCGAGGGCUCCCGACCAUGAACAACCUCUACAGCCCCUACAAGGAGAUGCCCGGCAUGAGCCAGAGCCUGUCCCCGCUGGCCGCCACGCCGCUGGGCAACGGGCUGGGCGGCCUCCACAACGCGCAGCAGAACCUGCCCAGCUACGGGCCCCCGGGCCACGACAAAAUGCUCAGCCCCAACUUCGACGCGCACCACACUGCCAUGCUGACCCGCGGUGAGCAACACCUGUCCCGCGGUCUGGGCACCCCGCCCGCGGCCAUGAUGUCUCACCUCAACGGCCUACACCACCCGGGCCACGCUCAGUCCCAUGGGCCGGUGCUGGCGCCUAGCCGUGAGAGGCCACCCUCGUCCUCUUCGGGAUCGCAGGUGGCCACAUCAGGCCAGCUGGAGGAGAUCAACACCAAAGAGGUGGCCCAGCGCAUCACCGCCGAGCUGAAGCGCUACAGCAUCCCACAGGCGAUCUUCGCGCAGAGGGUGUUGUGCCGGUCUCAGGGGACUCUCUCCGACCUGCUCCGGAACCCCAAACCGUGGAGUAAACUCAAAUCUGGCAGGGAGACCUUCCGCAGGAUGUGGAAGUGGCUGCAGGAGCCCGAGUUCCAGCGCAUGUCUGCCUUACGCCUGGCAGCGUGCAAACGCAAAGAGCAAGAACCAAACAAAGACAGGAACAAUUCCCAGAAGAAAUCCCGCCUGGUGUUCACCGACCUCCAACGCCGAACGCUCUUCGCCAUCUUCAAGGAGAACAAACGCCCAUCCAAGGAGAUGCAGAUCACCAUUUCCCAGCAGCUGGGCCUGGAGCUUACGACCGUCAGCAACUUCUUCAUGAAUGCCCGGCGCCGCAGCCUGGAGAAGUGGCAGGACGAUCUGAGCACAGGGGGCCCCUCGUCCGCCUCCGGCACCUGUACCAAAGCAUGAUGGAAGGACUCUCAGUUGGGCACAAGUCACCUCCAAAUGAGGACAAAAGAUACCAGAAGAAAAUGCAAAGGAAAAAGACGCUGGAUUCUUAGCUGGGGCCCUUCACUGGUGAUUUGAAAGCACAAUUCUCUUGAAAAGAAAAUUCUAUUCUAGCUGUAAUCAUAGGCCAGGUGUUCUUUUUGUUCGUUGGUUUUUAGUGGCUAUGGAGUCCAAGUGCAAGCUGAAAACUAAUCUCUUUGAACCGGACAUUGUCCUCUGAGCGAGUGUGCUGAGCACCUCAGAAACCCAAAUGGGGCCUUUCUGCAGCAAGUCAGUUUCAGUGUGGUGUCAGUCAAGCUCAGGAUUGCUUAGAAUGUCAACGGUCCCACUCUGAGUCCUGUCAACCUCUUUCAGUCGAAGUUCCCAUGAGUAAUAGUGGGACUUUGGCCUGUGUAAGGACUCUGAGUUUGGGUUCCCAAGAUGCUACAAUAAGAGAAGAAUCUAGCAACAAGAAUGACCUCAUUUGCUUUCCAAGUGCUUAGCCUCAUCAUACCAUAGUUCACCAACGUUCACAGCCAUAACAUAAAAAAAAACAUCAGAAUGACAAUUACUGAGCACAAGUUUUAAAUAUGGAAGUUAAAAAAAAGAAUCCGAGGACCUGUUUUUCCAACUCAGGCAUCUUUUUCAUUGAAUGGUUUAGAAAGCUUUAAGUUGAUCCAGUUUACAAUUUUCUUUUCCUUACCUCCUGGAAAUCUCACGUGGUCUUGGAUCCAUCAAAAAAAAACCAGAUCAGUUCACUUGAGCUCAAAGUAUCAAGCACAACGAAGAUAAACAGAGAAGUCAGGAAGGUUCUGGAUUCACCACAUCUCGAUUUUCAAGACACCAGUUAGGAAGUCAUGAGGGAAUCAUUGGGAAUAUGGCUUCAAGCACAUUUUGCAGUUUGCUACAAAUUCUGUUUGUACAUAAUGCAGACGCACACUCAGGAGGCCAAUUUAACUGUUACAGUACACGGAGCAAAUGCAGCAUUUUAAAAGAUCUAGAUUUUUUUAGAUCAUAAAUGUAUCCUUCUUGGUUAUCUGUCACCUGGUUCCUCCUAUUGUGCAUUAUGACCACAUGAUACAUUCUCGCUCCUUCAGAUUUGGGUUGUUCCCUUGUCCAUCCCAUCGGUAGGGACGUUUUCAGUGUUUCAUAGCAAGGAAAAAAUAAAUAAUUCAAACCACCAUACGUGUUACUCAUAACCGUCAUCUAGUCCUGAAUCUCUUCCAUUGUUGAAUCAUCUAGCAAAACAGCUGAAUAAAUCUGGAGAAAACACAGCACACCAAAGAAGCAGAAUACUGCAAACCAAAGACAUUUAUUACUUGCCAUUUUCUAGCCUGAAAAAUACUGUGAUUACUUCUUAGAAGUCAGAAAACCUCUGCAACUCCGAAUGGCAUUCAGCUCUUGCAUUUGGUUCAUCGUCGGGCUGAGUGGACCGGCUACACCAAGGAUGUUAGCCAAGCCACCCAGCGAGUGGCUUUCUGGUUCCUGGCUGUCACCUUCCCAUGGCAAAUGGAAGAGCGCCCACAGAACCCUGGGAGAUUGCAAAGGUCACCAUGUGCAUAUUUACCAGUGAAUGGCCCCAGGUGGGCACCAAGGGGGGUGUUCAAAGCAAGCCAAACACUGCAAUGAUUCUUUACAGACACUUGAGACUGACUUUUUUUAUGAAUUACUUAAUCGAAACCAAAGAAACUUUUUCUGCACCUACUUCUGCAACAAACAAAACUGUCCCAUUAAAAUGAAUAAAUAAAUAAAAACGUAAAUCACCGAACAUCACCACCAACGAGAAGGAAGCUCGACAGAAAAGAAAAAAAAAAAACAAAAACCAGAAACAGAAAAACAGCGAGACACACUGUGUUCAAACAGACCUCUUGGGACAUUUUUUGGAAGCAGAUUUUAAAGAAAGGGUUGAGACAGGAAGAGAAAGAAGGAAAAGCCUCCGUGGCUGCUGCUUCAUUUGACAACUCAUGCGGUAAUCUAAAAGUUGAAGAUUGUCUUUAAUUUGUGCCUAUGCAGUUUUUCAAAAGAACACGGAACAGAGCAACAGAAACCUCAACAGCUACAAUACCAAAGAUGAGGAUUUCUCACACCUUUGUUUCAGUUCAUUAUCUCCUCUUGCCUGGCUUAAAUACUAAUAGCGCCAUUGAUCUGUGUAAAGGUAAUCAAUUUUGUUUCUGAGCCACGAAAGGAAAGGGUCAUUUGUUUGAUUUUAUUGUUUCCCUAUCAUUUUGUUUUAUGGCUUUUUCUACCCGACAUGGAAUCUCUCAAAGGGUUCCAUGGAGUCCAAGUUUAAGAUGUUGGGAUACUGAACAGUUCUCCUCUCUGCUCGGCGGAGCGUGGGGAAUAAUAUUGUCACUUGAAUGUUACGCUUAAUCCUUAGUCUUGGUUCCUUCUGUGUUCAGAGUCUCAUCAUCAGGGGAGGGAAGGGGAGUGAGGGUCAAGGGUAGGGGUCUCGGUGACACAUCCUCUCCCAAGCCACAGAACCAAAGAAUUUAUAGAGGAAUUGACAAGCCUCAUCUUCACGUGAUUGCUACAUCCUAACAGGGCUUCAUUGGGGGUGGGGGAAAGUGUGUAAAAAUAAUUGUCAGUUUCUACUUUUCUAUUAGCUUUUUAAAAAUCAGCUGUAAAGGUUGCAUUUCUAAAGAAAGAGAUAUAUAUAAUAUAUGAAUACAUAUAUAGAUUCAACUUGACACUGGUGAUAACCCAAAGUUAUUGCUGUUCAAAUUCACAUCUUGUUUUUGUCAAGUGCUUCAUUUCUUAAGUAUUCAGUUCAGAACUUUGCUCAUUUCUCAUGCCAUCCCAGAGUAUAUUUGCUGCUGUGGAUGAUUUAGAGUAUUCAGAUUUCCGUGAAAAUUCCUGGGAAAGGUUGAAAGUCAAGUGUAAGCAUUUCAACAGUUAACCUGUUGCUAAGUGGAUCAUGGGACGAAUGAGUUUUGUUUGUAUUUUGAGUCUUCUCUAUUCUAUGUCUCAACCAUUAUCAGGGUGGCGAGUGAGGUCCAUCCACCAGUUCUGGGCCGUGGCCAGGGAGUGUUCAUCUUCUCUAACUGCUGGGAAAGAUCAGUGGUCCAUUCCCACCAGUUACAGAGAUGAGGCCAGCCCAGAGGUCUGUUCUCCAGGAACUGCCCUGUCCCAUCAGGGUGUUCCAGAUGCCCCUCAGUAAGUAAAUCCACCAAAGGGACUUCUCACAGGGGAAGUCCAACUCCUGCUGCAAUGGGUUGAUCAGGUUUCCUCAGGGUGGUAAUGACCAAUUAGUUUAGACAAGCCUGUGUGCAGCCACGGCCGGCACUGGGGUGAGGCAGCGGUGUUGGGGGGUGCGGGUGUCUCAGUCCUAGAGAGAAAACACGAGGCAGGGUUUGGGGAGAACCCCAGAGUCCUGCCCUUGGGAACCCCAUUGUCUAUUAUGCCACCUCCUUCCUCCCACUGUGUGGGUCUCCCUUUGCAGGGGCAGCAGCCAUGUAGCCACUAAAGAAGGCGACUUUCCAUGGCUUCUAUAAUUCAUCCUACCUGGGGAUGUUCCUUGACUUUGCCCUGUGUCACUUUGUCUCUUGCCCAUUCUCCAUGUCUCCUUUGUCAAAUGACCAAGAAAAGAGCAUAUUUCAGCAGGGGAACUCUCCUAUGGGUGGAUCAAAAUGAAUUUCAACUUGGGUAUCUCUAAAUGACUCAUGGCCAAUGGAAAUGCUUGUUCUUCUAGAGAUUGGACUGAGGAACCGAGCCUGCUUGCUUUGGUUAGUGAUCCUUCGGCAUGCUAAUGUCAGCAUUUGGGUCUCUGGCAUCCUAUGAAGAUGUCUAAACUGAAAAAGGCUGCCUUUGUGGCCUGAGAUUUCAACCCUGGUCAAACCAGGUGUAGUC